ACUGCUGACAGUCGUUUAAUAUUUUUAAUCGUAAAAACAGUUGUUGUCAAAUAUUCAAUGUUUAACUUUUAGAAUACUUGUAUCAUUCUAACAUCAAAGAGCCGCUUUUGAAACAUUUGAAACUAUCAGCAACAUUUUAGAAUGUUUGAUUUGUUCAUCAUUAGGUUGAUCGUGCUUUUCGCUUCUUCUGAAAUAACGUGCAGCUAAACAUCCCAUAAUAAUGCAAAAGCCGAAUUGUUUCUGGUUUGCUCUUGAUCACAGUGUUCUGCUCCAGACAGUGGGGGUGUGUGUGGUGGGCUGGACUGUCAGUCACACACACCGCAGGAAAAGAGCAGCAGACGCUUGCGAGAAAAAGAGUUUCUUCCAUUGCGCGCGCGAUUACUUUCCGGAGGUCUGAACUUCUGCACAUUAAAGAUGGGAAUAUAACAGCUCCUACUUGAACUAAACACGACAACGAAUGGGUCUCAGUGAAGAAACUCUGCGGUUCGUGAUAACUGAUGGCAGAUGUGUGCCACCGACAUGACAGUACAGGGUGAGGACUGACGGGUAAACCCAGUCGACCCGCUCGCCAGACACCCAUCAGUGACCGAUCCGGAAGAUCCGGUCCAAAUCAUCCCGCAAUGAUCAACCAACGCAUUGUCCUGCAUUACAACUACACGGGGAAACUAGACAACCGCAAUGAGACCGGAGGCGCGCCAUUGGAGCCCAAAACGGCGGUGUUUUUGGUCAUUUGCAGCCUCAUCAUCCUGGAGAACCUCAUAGUGCUGGUGGCCAUCUGGCAAAACCACAAGUUUCAUAACCGGAUGUACUUCUUUAUCGCCAACCUGGCGUUGUGCGACCUGUUAGCCGGCGUGACGUAUAUAGUCAACCUGCUGAUGUCAGGCCAGUGGACGCUACACUUGUCCCUAAACGCGUGGUUUGUUCGAGAAGGGAGUAUGUUUGUCGCAUUAAGCGCGUCUAUUUUCAGCUUACUUGCGAUUGCGAUCGAACGGCAUAUUACUAUGAUCAAAAUGAGGCCUUAUGACGCAAGCAAAAACUACCGGGUGUUUCUGCUCAUAGGAAUGUGCUGGCUGAUCGCGACCACACUGGGAGCGCUGCCUAUUUUAGGCUGGAACUGUAUAGGAAAUCUUCCUCAGUGCUCGACUAUCUUACCUCUUUACAGCAAGAGCUACGUCGCGUUCUGCAUCACCAUCUUCAUCUCGCUCCUGCUGGCCAUCUCCGUCCUCUACGCCCGCAUUUACAUCCUGGUCAAGAGCAGCAGCCGCAAAGUCACCAAGCACAGCAACUGCGAGCACUCGAUGGCGCUCCUGCGCACCGUCAGCAUCGUGGUGGGCGUCUUCAUCGCCUGCUGGACGCCCAUCUUCGUGCUGCUCCUCGUCGACGUGGCCUGCCAGACCAAAAAGUGCCCGUUUCUGCUCAACGCCGAUUGGUUCAUCGUGCUGGCCGUCUUGAAUUCGGCCAUGAAUCCCGUCAUCUACACGCUGGCCAGCAGGGAAAUGCGCCGGGCGUUUUACAGGCUCGUGUGCGGGUGUUUGGUGCGAGACGGUUCGGUGGGGUGCAAGCAGAACACAGCGGAGCCCAGCCGGAGCAAAUCCAGCUCAAACUGCCCCCGGGCGGCCGAACAGGAAAACCAAGUCGCCAAUGCGCAGAAUCAAGCUAACACUAGCUGAAGCACUCAGAUGCACACUACAGCAUUAGUGCAUGCUAUAGAAUUUAAGUGUGCAAUGUUUAAGUGCAUACUAAAGCAUUAACACGUUAAGUGCAUAUUGAACAAUAGAAAGCAGCUGUAAUGUCCUAACAGAUGCUUUCUUUUGAAAUCCCAACCCAUCUGUUCUUACACUGCAAUAAUGUUUCGUACUCAGUAUUUUUCUUAAAACAUUCUUAAAUCAAGACGCAUUGAGAAAUCAAAUGACUUUAAGAUAAGAAGUCCUGUUUUUUU